GCUCAAAGCAUUUCCACUCGUAGAAACAGAUUGGUUCCAUCCCGCAUCUUGGAUUACAAAUUGUUGCGACAAACUCCGAUUGAUCCAAAGCUCACGACUUGUUCCACGUGCGAAACGUAACGAAACGAAUCGACGUGCCCGUCUGCGAGCGAUCGGCAUUGUGGCCACCAUAGUUCUAAAGCAACCACAGAAUACGUCGUCGACUCCAGAUCAGAACACAAACCUUACAUCCGUACAAACGCAACGCAGCACAAAAUACCACAACACAGACAGCCAUGUCGUCUAUGAAUUUUAGCACAUCGAAGCAAUACGUCCGUCCACCGCAGCGGGGGAUAUUCCCCCUCGACCACGAUUCGGAAUGCAGGCCGUUUAUGGAAAAAUACUUGGAGUGCCUUAAUGAUUCGUCACAGGUUCACCACAAGUGCAAGCCUCUUUCCAAGGACUAUCUCCAGUGCCGGAUGGAUCGGCAAUUGAUGUCCAAAGAAAAUCUCGACGAUGUGCGUAUCGUUUCGUUGCGUUGAUUUUCUUUUAGGUUGCAUUCUCCCAUUCCGUGCCGUGAUAUGCCAUGCCUAUUGCUUGCGGUCCCCGGUCGGUGGAAGGAUAGCUGAUCCUGCACCUUGCUGCACAGUGCUCCCGCGGAUCUUCCGUUCUUGCCCACAUGAGCUGUUUGUUCAACAAUCCUAUCUUGUCGUCUUUUGUUCUUUCGUUUGCUAACCAUUGCUCGCACCCUCGCAUCCGCAUCUGCACACCAACCAAACGCAACUUAACGCAACGCAACACCCCUAGAUGGGCUAUGCCAAAAACAAGGACGUCGUUGGGGCAAAGGAAUACGACAAGGCGAAAGAAAAGGCAGGAUUCAUUGCGGGGAAACACAUCGAGAAAUCGUCCAAGUGGUGGUUUCAGUCCUACAAAGCCAAAUGGGUCGGCGACGAUAAGGAGGGAGAAGCAAAAUAGACAGCGCAGAGGCGUGGCACCCCUUUUGUUCAACCAAUAUUUUUGAUGAAAUGAUACUUCUACGCACUACACAAUCGAAAGAAAGAAUUUUCAUCGACACGGUGAUUGACUCUACCCCUUCGUCGAUCACGCCGAUAAUUGGUUCAGACGCGUAUUGCAUACGUCACUCCUUGUUUACAGUAAAAUAUUCAAAUUAUAAUUAUAGUACGGUUUGUAGACAGUUGUGAAAAAAUCGUGCUAAGCAAGAAACAUCCAUCGGUCUUGCUGCACUGUGCUCAAAAGAAACCAACCAGGGGGUCCGCGGACUGCCCCUGCUGCUGCGACGAAGACGGCGGUGGUUGGUUGGUAAACGCAGAAAAAGGGUCUACGGGUGCCGCUGCCGGUUGUGGUGCAAACGCGUUGUUGGGAGCUUGGUUUUGAAAACCCUGCUGUGUGCCAACGCUGUGGAAGGGUCCUGCGUUGUCCGAGUAACCGCCGCUGGCAGGCGCAGAAGCAUUCGAAGGAACAAUGUGCGAAAAUAUCCCGCUGCCGGCGACCUGCACCAUCGCGGGAGAUUGUUGGGUGGUAGUGGGAAACGGCGCCGAUUGUUGCGGCGUGGUCGUGGCACCAUAUCCCGUGUUUUGGUUCGUUGCAGAAAACGGAGCAUCGUUCGUCUCCAUAAACGUCGAUGCAGCGACAAAGGUUGAGUUGGCUCCCGUCGAAUUCAUUGUUGCGUUUGCAGGUACCGCCGAUGGCUUUUGAACAAUGCUAGGGGUCUCGGAAGAAACCCGCCUGCCCCCGAGCUCGACGAUUUCGUCUUCUUUUGCUUUUUUUUGCUGCUCGAGUGUCGUCAAAUCCUGUCGGCAAGUAUCAUAGACGUUGCGAAUCUGCCGAUCGGUUGGCAGAAAACCUUCCUUGUCUUCGGCUUCCGCAAAGGCAUUGAACAGGGCCACCCCAAAGUCCUCCUUGUGUCCCUUGAUCAAUCGGUCCGUCACGGUCAAUUCAGUUUUGAUCUUGGCCUCGCCACCAUGGUACAGCCCCGCCUUUCCGAUGUUGAAGAGUUUCUGUCCAUAGUUUUCGGCCUUGGUCGGAAAUGCCGCGGCGCGGUCUGCUUCCGCCUUGGCCAAGGCUUCCUUUUGUUUGACCCGCCUGGCGGCCAGGGCCUGGAUUUCCUUUUGCGCCAGGAUGAUGUUUGGGCGUACCAGCUCGGUCAGCUUGUCGCUCGCGGCAUAAAAGUCAGCAGACUUCGUGAGCGGACUCAAGUAAUCGUACAUGGCUAUUCCGAAAGCUCGUUUCCUGGAGUCCAUCGAGUUGUCGAUCAUGAGUAUGUCCUAUGGUGUUGCGAUUUGGAGGGCAUUGAAUUCCGUUCCGUUGCGUGGUGUUUGUUUAGUGCAUGAUACAUUAUGCGGUGCCAACCGAUGAAACAAAAGAGCAAUCGGUCUGGUUAGUUCGUGCGAGAAUCAGUGACGAUGCAGGACAGAAUGGCCAAGGAACAGCGGAAAUAUACACAUCGCACGCGA